AUAUAAAAGGCAAGUAAAUUAUAUAUCUUAAUACAUACCAGUAGUUUGAAGUGACGUACGAUAAUUAUCCUUUGAUUAGAGAAUAAAUAAAUUCAGUAAAAUUGCAGAUACUAUUUCUAUCGCAAGACAUGACAUUUGUUGGCCAGAUAAUAUUUCUCGACAACAGUUAAAAUAAUGAUUUAUCGUUGAGAGGACUAAUGUCACUUAGAAAUUUUCUAGAUAUGUGUUCUAAAAUUACCAAUUUUUUUAAUGGUAUGUUAUGUAUUCAGAAUCGAAUAAGGAAGAUGAACUCCUGCUGUUACCAGAAGUUGGUACCAAAAAGUUCAUCGGAUUUCCCAAACUCAAUUCCGAAAAUGCGAUCAUGAAAGGAGUCGUUAAACAAUUGGAAAAGUGGCCUUCUUAUCUUUUCUUUGUCUUUUUUAUUGCAUGCGUCAUAAUGGUGAAUCUUGUCUUGCUCAUCAUUGUAUCAGUUACUCUUUCUUUACCUACGAACUCAACGAAUACUGAUAACCACCGAGAGGAAUUUAAUAAGAGAUCGAUCAAUGUAUACUCAGUAAGACAAGAAGAUCGUACAUGGUCAAUGAUGGAUCUUUGCCACAUUGAAAGUGCAGCACGUGAGAACCCAGAGUUAAAUAUCCAUCUAAUAAGUUUACACAAAAAAACCGAUAAGGAAGAUUCUAUGAAAGAUUUUAUAGUGACGAAGAAAUUUGAGCCUGAAAUUAGAUCGAUUACAAAUGCGAUCGAUUUACAGAACAAAGCAACCAGAUCUUUAUGGAUAAUGCGAGAAGAUCGUUUGAGAUAUCAAAUUACUCAUAAAUACGAGAACAUUAAAAACCACGAUAUCAUCGUCGACAAUUUCUUUCAAGGAACCAAUCUCUCUAAAGUAGCUGGAAAUUUAAAUAAUAAGAUAUUAAAAAUAGCUACCGAAGCGUAUUUCAUUUGGAAUUCAUCCGGAAUCGCUUUGGAUCCUAAAUUAUAUUGCAAUCUGAAAUAUAUUUCACAAGUUAUGUGCAAAAAAGAAAAUGAAAAAUGUGUAUUCGAUGGAUUGGCCACUAUUGAUCCUCAAAAUGAUAUUCAAGCUGCUGGAGUACCCUGUCAAGCAUUUAUAGGAUAUUUUAUAAAUGACAUAGCGAAAAACGAAUCGAUUCGUAAAGAAGGAGCAUUAUUUAAGUCCAUAAAUAAGUUUUGUCCACAAAUACAUUCCUGCAACGAAAUUAGAAUAUUGAAAUACAUUAGAACGUGCUCAUUGGAAACCUUAAAAUGUCCAAUUGUUUAUCGUCGUGGAUUUUUACUAAGUGCAUUGAGUUACAACUACAUGUUACCCCAUUUAUGAUAAAAGAGUAUUAUAAUGAGUAUCACAAAUAAAUAUAUUCUUUAUAAGAAAAUUACAGAUAAUAUAUAAUACGUUAAAUGAAAGAAAGAAAGCAAAAUAAAAA